AAAUUCCGUCAUUUUUUUAAAAUUAUUAUUUUUAAUGUAUGUAUAUUUAGAUAUGUAUAAAACAUAUCCUAUCUAAAUUUAGAUGAAAUAUAUUUUAACGUAUUUUUUUUUUAUGUAAAUAUAUUACAAUGUCGAAACAUCUUUUAAAAACAUCUUUUAAUGUAAACGACAUCUCGGAGACAAGAUCAACAGAGUUGAUUUUGCAUUAGAUAUAUUAGGAAUAUAUAUCUUGUUAAUACUGAACUCGUUAUAUAAAUGUAAUAUAAAUGUACCUUCAAAUUAUAUAAUUAUUUUGUUCUAAUUGACAGUUAAGACUGAUUGAUUUGUUUUGAAAAAGAGUAAAAUUUAAUAAUUUUUUAGUACUAAAUCUAUUUCUUUUUGUUGAUUUAUUUAUAUAUUAUAUUAAUGUUAAUGCGAUACGCACAGAAAAAAGAAAGAAAUAUAUUUUAUGUUCUCUAUGGUGAUAUUAAAAUAUUUUAUUUACGAAUAAAUAAUAUAAUGAAAUAUAUUUAUAAUUGCUAUUUAAUGUUACUUCAUAAUAUAAUAAAUACAUUUAUUGUUUUCCCAAAGUAUUAUAUUUAUUUAUAACAAUUUAUUGAAAAACUAAACAUAAAGAAUGUAAUAUGGAAAUUAUAUAAUAACAUACAAAAUUUGCCAUAAGUGUUAACUUUACUCUAUAACAUGUUAAUAUGAUAUCAUAUAAAUAUUAAAUUUUUUUUAUUUAUUUAAUAUCACAGAAUUUCGAUUUUGUCUAUAUUUUACUUGUUUUAUUAUAAUCAAAUCAUAGUUAAAUAUAAAAUAUUUAUUUGUAAUAUAUUUUUGGGUAAUAAAUUCUAUUGACCAGUAAUAACCGGUUUGUUAUAUUAUUAAAUGAAUAAAUUUAAUAUUAAUUAAUAAUAAUAUAAAUUUAAUAAUUUUUCUUUAAAUUUAAAUAAAAAUAUUUUUUAUGUCGAAAAAAAUUAGGAAAAACAAAAUAAAAUAGUUUUAUUUUAAAAAAUGAAAUGUUAUAAAAUCAUUGUUAUUAUUGUUACAAAUAUAAAAAAAAAUGUAUGAAAGAACAAGUCAAAGGUUUGCAAUUCAUUUCAAAGCUGUCCUUGUAUCCAGAUGUUAAGUGCUUAUUUCCUAUUUCAUUUCAAAUGCAAAAUAUCUUUCAAGUAUUACAGUAUAACUGUGAAGUGAGUCAAAUUGUUCAAAGAAUAAGACAAUAUACAAAUAUUUUUAACUAUUUUUAUAAAUUAUAUGCAACGGAUUAUAAAUAAUAAUGUCAACGUUAUAAUGAAUUUUAUCAAUUAUCUCUACUGAUAAGAUAGAUAACAGAAAAUAAAUUUUAUAUGUUUUCACGAAAUUAUCAGUUAUACGCUGAUUUUCAAGCAAUAACUAUCAUGGUUCGUGAUCGAAUGCCGGAAUUACGUGCUUAUCAAAAUAAUAGCACUACAUUUGGUAAAGGAUUUUUACAAGAUGUACAUAUUCAAAUUUACCAAAAUAAAAAAUUGAAGGAAGUAUUAGAUAAAGUUGAAGGAAUUCGAGAUUUAAUUCAACUUAUUGCUGAAAAUACUGCUAUUAUAAGGAAUUUGCAUAAUAAUGUUUUGUCAUAUACUAAUAAAGAUAUACAAAAAGAAUUGGAAAAUCGAAUGUAUACUAUUUCACAAACGUCAUUUCGUAUUCAACAAAAAUUAAGAGAAAUGAAUAAAGAAGUUGUCCCCAUUGAUGAUUUAACUAUAACUAGUGCAAGAGAAGGACCAAUACAUAUACGAGUUAAAGCACUACAAUAUACAACAAUGUUAAAAUUAUUUUCUGAAAUUAUGGAAGAAUAUAACAAUUCUAUGUUGAGAUAUAAUGAAAAAUGUCGUUUACUUUUAAAUCAACAAAAACUAUUAAUUAGAAAACACAUUACAAGUGAAGAAUUGGAAAAGCUACUUGAUAUUCAAGAAAAUAAUAUAUUUGUUGAUAAUAUUUUAGAAGAUAGUAAAAUUGCAAAGCAACAAUUAUCUGAUAUUCAAAAUAGACAUAAUGAAAUAAUAAAAAUAGAAAAAUCUCUUGCAGAAGUUAGAGAUAUGUUUACAGAAAUGGCAUUUCUUAUUGAGAAACAAGGAGAACAAAUAAACAAUGUGGAAUAUUUUGCUGGAAAAACAGCAGAUAAUAUUGAUUCUGGUCGUAUUGAUCUUAAAAAAGCAGAAAAAAAGAAUCAAAGAUAUAGAAAGGUAUAUAGCAAUAUUUGUAUCAAUAAUAUUGUAUCAAUUAAUAAACAAUUAUCUUUUUUUAGAGAAAAAUUAAACUUGGUAUAAUAAUUAGUAUAAUAAUAAUUAUUUUCUUGAUAAUCAUCAUCUUUUUAUAGAAAAAAAAACAAAACUUUAAUUUUAAAAAGAGAUAAUAAAAAUUUAUUCUAUAAUUUAAGAUAUUUAUUAUCUAAAUAAUAAAAACAUAGAAAAAAAAUUAUAUAAUUAUAUAUAAUUAAUUUUUAUCAUGUCAAAUUAUAAAACUUCUUAUAUAAAAAAAUAUUAAAAAAUAGAAAUGUAUUACUUUUUACUGUUAAAUACAUAAUUUUCAAAGUAA